GACACACCUUCAUCGCAGGCUUUGGCUCUGGACCUAUCAGGCCUGCGACCGUGAUUAGCGACAUAAUCCCUGACAAUACCGGAAACGCUUCACAGAAUCAGCCUUCCCUAAUACAACCAACUACGGCUAGGGAAAGGAAUACAACGACCUACCAAAGGCAAUGCAAUACCGGCCUCGCAGUUCCAACCUCUGGAGCUCCAGGGCAUGUCAUUCCGAUAUCACAAUCGAUCGAACCCACGUUCCAUGCGUACUUUGACUCCCUAUCACUUCAGCAGCAAGUUGACGCUCAUCAAUGGCGAAAUUCGACUAUCCCAUCUCUCUCACCUCACGUUCACGACGGGGCAACUGGUCAGGAUGAACAAGAAUGCGAUGGCGUGGAUGUGGUACCGGCCACUGCUAUGCCGCCGCAUGCUGACAUGACUGCAUUGUCUCCAAGCUAUGUCGAUGAUCUCUAUUUCACCUGGCAACCCGAAUCGAUCUUGGGCGGCGCAGGAGGCAUUCAGCGGAAUAUGCUGAGCUUUCCAGAAGCCAGCCCUCUCUCUGGACACAUUCUGACCGUUCAAAAUAUCAUACACAGUGUCCUCCCACAACUUGUAAAGAAACCUCCAGCAAUCCGCGAAAAGAUGAUGGCCGACGCCUUCUCCUGGGUGAUCCGUUCAGCAUGGCCGUCGAGCGAAGAUACUCUCAAGACUAUCUACAAUUUCGAACUUUGGCGCAACUUCCCCUGCAAAGCGACUUACUACAAAAUCCAUCCUCUUUAUCGACCUACACCUCUUCAGCUUUCCGAACCUCACUCGGGGAUCAUCGACUGGCUGCCUUGGCCGGCAGCGCGCGAUAAACUCAUCGAAAUGCAGAACGAGGUCGACGUUGAUCAAUUUGUCUUGAUGUUGCUUGAGCAUGCGCUCGUCGAACCUACCCUGUCUUACUCUGCCGAGUGGACGCCACCUUCGCAGGCUGCCUUUCGACUUCGGGACAUGUAUCUGCUUGAAAAAUCUACGAGUGGGAGUUUCUCUCUCUCUCAUCCGGCUAUGACAUACGAUCCUGCUUUUCUUGACCUGAGAUCUUUGGUCAAUGCCUACGACUGGCGGUUCUUGGACGUCUCACACCUACGCAUCGAUCAAAGAUUUUGCGACAUAUUUCCACAAUUCUAUCUCCUUGGCUGCAUGUCGAGAGCUCAGAAUGCGCCACUAGAAGCGCCUGUGGAAGAGCGACUUCAGUGUCCGUCGAAUUUAACAUUAGCAUCAGUCAAUAUGCUGCAACAACGGGUCCAGGCGUGGUUGACAACUGACUCGGUGCCUGGAGUGGGUUGAACAUGCCAUCAGAAUUGGUCAAUUUUUGGACUCAUUCAUUCUUACUUGCUGGGACUGCUUGUUGGGAAGUCUUGAGGCACCCCGA